AUGUCCUCUUCUUCAUCAAGCAAUGCUUUUGAAGAUGGCAAAUACAAAACAAAUCUCUUAACCAUAAACUCAUCAUCUCGCUGCUGCAAAACGACACCGUCUCCGCCGCCGCCGAAGCAGCUGUUGGUGGCGACGCCGGUGGAGGAAGGAGAAUAUCCGGUGGUGAUGCUCCUCCAUGGUUACCUUCUCUACAACUCUUUUUACUCUCAGCUUAUGUCGCAUGUCUCUUCUCAUGGCUUCAUCCUCAUCGCUCCUCAGUUAUAUAGCAUCGCCGGACCGGAUACGACGGACGAGAUAAAAUCAACGGCGGAGACUAUUGAUUGGUUAUCCGUCGGACUAAAACACUUUCUUCCACCACAAGUAACGCCAAACCUAACCAAACUCGCACUAGCGGGCCACAGCCGUGGUGGCAAAACCGCUUUCGCGGUUGCCCUAGAGAAAUUCGGAUACUCCCCGUAUCUAAAAAUCAAGACAUUGAUCGGUAUAGAUCCGGUAGAUGGAAUGGCCAAGGGGAAACAAACCCCUCCUCCGGUUUUAACCUAUGAACCAAACUCAUUUGAUCUCAACAAAAUGCCUGUCCUAGUGAUCGGUUCGGGGCUCGGCGAAACUGCACGGAACCCGUUGUUCCCGCCGUGUGCACCUCUCGGAGUGAACCACCGUGACUUCUUCCGGGAAUGUCAAGGUCCAGCGUGGCAUUUUGUGGCGAAGGAUUAUGGGCAUUUGGACAUGCUUGAUGAUGAUACAAAAGGGAUUAGAGGUAAGAGUUCUUAUUGUUUGUGUAAGAAUGGUGAAGAGAGAAGACCAAUGAGGAGAUUUGUUGGUGGAAUUGUUGUGUCGUUUUUGAAGGCUUAUUUGGAAGGAGAUGAUUGUGAAUUGGUCAAGAUCAAAGAUGGGUGUCACGAGGACCUUCCUGUUGAAAUCCAAGAGUUUGAGGUUACUAUGUAA